GCCAGAAGAAGAAAAACCAACCCUACCCACAUGGCCCAUAAAAAAUGGGCUUUCUUCAUAACAUUGGCCCAUAAAAAAUUCACUAAUUUUUCUCUUUUCCUUAAUUUCUUCUUGCCCUGGACUUCAACCUCAGAAAACACUCCUUUUUCUCUCUCCUCCCCUUCUCCCGCCUCUCUUCUGACCUGCAACUGUAAUUCAUAUUCACUUUCCUUGCCGCCGUCGUCGUCUCCUUUUCCGUCACCGUCGGUAUUACUCCGGCGAAAAACAACCGGUAAAAAUGGCGGUUGAACCACUAGGACACAGAGUAAGUGACCUCAUUAAGGACGUCACCUUUGAGCUUUCACCUUCAUUUACUAAACUCGUUGAUAACUUCGUUUCUUCUAUUAAAAAUGUCAUUGCUAAAAUUCCUGAAGAUUUCCAGGUUACUGCGGGUGAGGCGCCAGGUUUUGUGAGAGAUGUAGGUGCUGAUAAAGUGGAAUUUCAAUUCAAGAAGCCUAAAUUUAUUGAAAUUGGUGGAAGUUAUUCAAUUGGUUGCAUUGUGAAGCCUGAAGUUAAUGUUGAUCUUCUAAUUCGUUUGCCAAAGGAUUGUUUUCUUGCAAAAGACUAUUUAAAUCACCGGUAUCAUGCCAAAAGGUUCCUUUAUCUUUGUGUUAUAAAGAAAUACCUGGAGUCUUCUGCAACAAUAAGCAAGAUUGAAUGGGCUUGUCUCCUAAAUGAGGCUCGCAAACCUAUAUUGGUCAUUUAUCCAGCUUCUGAAGUUGCCAACAUUCCUGGGUUUUCUAUUUUAAUAAUCCCUACUGCCUCGUCCUUAUUUAGCAUCCCCAAGUUGAAUUCGACGCGGAAUAACGUGCGUGCCGUGAGCCAAGAUGGUAGUUUGUUACCUACACCAAAAUAUAACAGCAGCAUAUUGGAGGAUAUGUUCAUUGAAGAUUUUGCAGAAUUAAUCAAAGAAAAGUUUCGUGACUGGGAGGAACUUGGAAAAGCUUUGGUUUUAAUGAAGGUUUGGGCACGCCAAAGAAGUUCAAUAUACAGUUAUGAUUGCUUGAAUGGUUACCUUAUGGCUGUCAUAAUGUCCUAUCUUGCUGCAAAUAGAGUCGGUGGAUUUUUUAACAAGUCAAUGAAUGCCAUGCAAAUUUUUCGUAUAACUCUGGACUUCAUUGCUAAUUCAAAAUCAUGGGAGAAAGGCUUACUUUUACAGUGCCAAGGGAGUCGCCACAUUUCAAAAGAGGAAUUGAAGGAAAGAAAGCAAUGUUUGAGGACAUAUCCAGUAGUCAUAUGUGAUCAUUCUGCAAACUUUAAUUUGGCAUUCCGGAUAUCAAAGAGCAGCUUUCUUGAGCUUCAAGCGGAGGCUGCUUUGACACUUGACUGUAUUCAAAAAUGUCAAGAUAAUGGAUUUGAAGAAGUAUUUUUGACUAAAUCUGACUUCGCUGUUAAAUAUGACUAUUGUGUGAGGUUGAACUUGAAGGGAAAUAGUGGCGUCUUCGCAUCUGGUUAUGGAGUUGAUGAUGAAUGUUGGAGGUUAUAUGAGCAGAAGGUGCAUUCUCUUUUAUGCCAGGGCUUGAAUGACAGAGCAAAGUCCAUUCGUGUAAUUUGGAGAAACUGGUCCAGCAAUUGUCGUAUUGAAGAUGGGUUCUCAUCACUUGAUAAUGAACCAUUGCUCAUUGGUGUUACUUUGAGUAAUCUGGAAAAAGCUCUUAGACUGGUUGAUAAAGGCCCUAACCCAGAGCAUAAAGAAGAGGUUACCAAAUUUCGUAAGUUUUGGGGAGAUAAGUCUGAGUUUCGGAGAUUUAGUGAUGGUACCAUUGGAGAAUGUGUUGUGUGGGAGUACAAGCAGUGGGAGAAGCAUCUUAUUGUCAAGAGAAUUGUUGAGCAUGUAUUAUCAAGGCAUCUUUCUCUGUCAAUCAAAAAUGUAGUUGUUAGUGCAGAUCAACUGGAUUUUUCUCUCUGCAAUGGCGGUGCAGAUCCUAUAUCAUUUACUGGAGGCUUGCUUGAAGCAUAUGAAGCUUUAGCUAAGCGUUUGCGCCUUUUGGAUGAUAUUCCUUUGAAGAUAUCUAGUGUCCAACCCUUAGAUUCAGCUUUCAGGUUCACUUCUGUUUUCCCUCCUGAGCCUCAUCCUUUGGCUGGAGAUAAAACCUUCAUAUCAAGAUCGGUGAAGGUUGCUGCAACUUGUGUACAGCCGGUGGAAGUUUUGAUUCAGUUGGAGGGAUCAGGAAAUUGGCCAAUGGAUGAAUUGGCCACUGAAAAGACUAAAUCUGCCUUCCUUCUAAAGAUUGGAGACAGUCUUCAAAGUAAGUGGGGUGUUAGCUGCAUUGCCACAGAAGAUGAUGUGGAUGUACUGCAAUCUGGAUAUGCUUUUCGGCUCAAAAUUUUACAUGAGAGGGGUCUGACUUUGGUGAAUGGAGAGAGAAAUCAAGUCAAGCGGGUGUCUUCAAUAGACAGGAAAUUAUUUAUUCAAAGCCAGCAUUCUAGCAUGAUAAAUGGUUUACAAGGGCGGUGUCCCAUUUAUGGUCCAGUAGUCAGGCUUGCAAAACGAUGGGCUGCUUCACACCUCUUCUCUGCUUGCUUGGGAAGUGAAGCUAUUGAGCUCUUGGUAGCUCAUAUAUUUCUAAACUUCAAACCAUUUUAUGCUCCUAACUCAAGGAUUACCGGCUUUUUGAGGUUCUUGAGAUUUUUAUCAGAGUAUGAUUGGAAAUUCUCUCCUUUGGUUGUUGAUAUAAAUGGCGACAUGACUGCUGAUAUUGCGACAGAGAUCAAGGAGAACUUUAUGUCAAGUAGAAAAGCUCAUGAAAGAAGUACUAGUGAAGUUAGUCCUGCAAUGUUUUUGGCUACGACUUAUGAUACAUUCUCUGAAGCUUGGACAUCCUUUUCACCAAAUCCUCUGGAACUUAAAAGGUUGGUUGCCUAUGCUCGGAGCAGUGCUAGUCUUUUGACUAGACUUGUAGAGCAAGAUCUAUAUGAUUCUCGUGGAUGGGAGUGCCUUUUCCGGACUCCUUUAAACAACUAUGAUGCCGUGGUUCUUCUGCAUAGAGACAGAUUGGCGUAUCCACAACGUCUCCUUUUUCCAUCUGAGGUUAAAGAAGGCAAGUAUGUGGCUCGUGGAAAUCCUAGCAAUUAUUUCUCGCCCAUUAUUAGGCCCAAGGAUAUGAAGGGAGGCUUGGAUGUACUAAAAUCAAAGAUAAUGGUGGAUUUUGAUCCUCUACAGUGUUACCUAGUGAAUCUGCAGGGAGGAUUUUCAGACGCUUUCAGUCUAUGGUAUGAUUCUUUGGGUGGUGAUGCUAUAGGUUUAACAUGGAACAAAUCUAUGUCAAAGAAACGAGAUCGAGAGGAAGAUAGUAAAGAUGCUACUGAUAUCUUGAAAGCCGUUGGUGAAACUGGUAAAGGAUUUGUGAGGAGUGUCCAUCUUCUAAAGGCUCCUAGGCUUUGUAAUUAGGAAAUCUCUUGAUCUUGAGUGCCCAAUUGUGAUAUUGAUUAUACCAAAAAGCUUUAGAACUACACAAUUUUGCCAAAUCUUUAGGGUUAUGGCUUGCAAUUUUGUACCAUCUCAAAGAAGAUUAUACUAGUAUUUAGGCCCUUAAGCAAGUGAAGUGCAAUGUUGAUGAGAUAUAGUGUAAUUCUUUCUAGUUUAAAAAAUAUAGCAUUUUAUGCCAACAAUGUUCUCGCCGAUGAUUUGUAGCCCUGCUCAGCUGAACUUUUUAUUUAAAUCUGAUGUAACCCUAAUUUUGAGAGAUACGUAUAUAAUAUGAGAAAUCUAAUAGUGUAUUAUUAUCAAGUGAAAUUCAUGUUUUUGCUGC